AACUUCUCAAUCACUUCUUCAAUGGAAACCAAACAAUCAAGAAUCUCCAACUACAACAAGUACAAAGUUCUGUUCAUCUUUGAUGGUCUGGAUGAGUGCCGACUGCCCCUAGACUUCCAGAAGAACAAGAUCUGUUGGGACAUCACAGAGUCAACCUCAGUGGAUGUUCUGCUGACAAAUCUCAUCAAGGGAAAUCUGCUUCCCUCUGCUCUCCUCUGGAUAACUACCCGACCUGCAGCAGCCAAUAAGAUUCCUUCAGGGUGUGUUGACCAGGUGACAGAGGUACGAGGGUUCAAUGACCCACAGAAGGAGGAGUACUUCAGGAAGAGAUUCAGUGAUGAGAACCUAGACAAGCAUAAAGUUUCUGUCUACAAGAGUGCUGUGGAUAAAGCCUUACAAAGUGAGACAGAAACCUGGACCUUUUCCUUCGCUUCCUUCUGGCCUCUCACUGGAGUCCAAUCAGAAGCACUUACAAGGUCUACUGACAAAGACAAGAAGCAGCUCACAUAUCCAUGA